AUGAGGCUGAUUGCGAUUUCGCUUUGUUGUUUGAUGCCGUGCACGGUGCGAUGCCGAUCUUGGCGCAAUAUCGAGCCUCUUCACGGCUGGAAUGAGAAUGACACUUCCGGUACUAUUUGGAGAAUGGAGUUCAAUCCGUUAUUCACCUCGGCACCCACCUCGAUGCCAACUACAGCGACGCCAUCCGACAUUCCCUCAUCGAGGCCGUCAUCCUUUCCUUCGGCUCCGCCAUCGGCCUCACCGUCCGUAGCGCCAUCCCCUUCACCUUCGACCGCACCAAGCGAAUCUGAUCCAUACAGACCAAAUGAUCCACCUAAAAAUCCAGAGCAGUGGUAUUUCAACUACGAUACCUCUGCAAAUGCUUUGUAUGGGCCUGGGCAUGCUGGCAUUAUUCAACAGCAGAACAACCAGUUCAAUGUCGGAUACAAAAACAAUCGGUGGGGCUCGGUAGGAAACCCUCCUAACAAUUACUGGACUGAGUUUAUGGACAAUGGAUUCGGUCCAUGGAGAGGGAUUUUGGCAAACCGAAAUCCUACUCGAAACAUGUGUGAUCGAGUCGGGAUGCAGAGUCCGAUUGACCUUCGGCCGAGUGGGGCAGUUUGUGAUGAACACCAUGAGGUUCGAUCUCGUAGAGGAGAUUUUCAAAUUUUCGAAGACGAGGUAACCAAAGAAAUUCAGCCGAACAAACUACGAUUGCGAUACAAACGACGUCCAUGUCGCAAUCUGAAUGAACUGGCAUGCCAAGAGCCGGAUCCACCGAAUGCGGACUUUCCUAACAAUUGGGGUGGCUAUGCAGACGUGACCCAUAUUGACUUCAAAGUUCCAGGAGAGCAUCUGAUUCGAGGCGAAAAAUUUGAUGGGGAAAUGCAGAUUUUUCACAUUCAUCGAGGAAGGCGACGUAUGGUGGUACAAAGCGUUACAAUUCGAGCCACAAGUACAGGCUUCAACAGCUACUUCCAGGAGGCGAUUGAUGUCUUUCGAGCGGUAUAUGACAUCAAUAUAGCUCGAUGUUCGGCCCUUCGAAGAAAGGAACGUCGUCUUGUCUCGAAUGCCCAUAUUAUAUUGGGAAAGAACAUGACUAGCAAAUUCCAUGAUUAUUCAUCUUGGGGUGAUUUCUCGACGGGACUUGAGGAUGUUGAAUUGGAAAGCAAGCGCUCGCUUCGAAAAUCAAAUUGGGAUCCUUACCACGAGCUGCUCAUUCCUUCCAUACAUUUUUAUCGGUACGAUGGAUCUUUGACAGAGCCACCGUGUGGCGAAUUUGUCUCUUGGUUUGUUUCUGACACUCCCAUGAGAAUCAGUUUGAGCCAGUUGGAAGAGGUCAAAACAAUAUUAUUCAAGAAUGUUGACGAAAAUUGCCAACCUACCAGUGUACAAUUUGGCCAUAGCGUGGCGCGCCCGAUUCAGGAAACAGCGGGUCGUCCAGUCUGGCAAUGUACUCCCCGAGAGUUUGGCCCCGACCCGUAA